CGGCCGGCCUGCAGUUCCGUAUCCGUUCCCGUCGUGGCAAGUGUAGCGUACGCCAUGCCGUGAAUAGCUCCGCAACUCUCGCGCCAACGCCGAUCAGCAGCAAAGCAGCCUCCCGCACCACGUUACUCCUACACGUCCGUUAUAUUAUGGGAAAGUGUCGCGGGUUACUUCACCGAUGGUGAAAGGUAGCCCCGACAACUGAGCUCGGCCGCAGCAAAAUGCACAGCUGUGAAAGAUGAGAGCUUGCGACGCGAGCAGAAAUGCCGGCACUUCUGCUCCGUGCGCGGCGUUCGUGGUGGCCGCGGCCGUGCUCGCGGCGGCCGCCCUGUGCCACGGCGCCUCCACCACGCUGCACCCGCGCCACCAUUCCCGGCACUCCAGCGCCGCGUGCCCCACCGAGUGCCGCUGCUUCAGGGAGCACCACUCGUCACAGUUGCACUUCCACGUGGAAUGCACCGACUGCCUGCCGCACGUGCAAGUCCCCGCCGGCGCCGUCCGCGUCUCCUUCACCGACGUACAGCCAGAGUGCCUCUCCAAUUACACAUUCUACGAUUCCCCUUCGCUCGAUUAUCUGUCCUGGCAGUUUAGUAGGCUGAAAUCCGCCAACGAAACCUUAUUCCACAAACUGACGCUUUUAGAGAACGUCGAUCUCAGUCACAAUGAGCUCGAAUCCCUCUCAUCUCACACCUUUCACUCUCUCCUCUCACUCAGAGUGCUCAAUUUAUCUUACAAUCAAUUGCACGACCUCCCAGAAAAUGUAUUUGACGGUCUGGAUAAAUUAGAACUGCUGUCUCUUAGUUAUAAUGAAUUUCACGUGAUACCUUUCCAAAUAUUUGCCCCCUUGAAGCAACUGUCAUUUCUGGAUUUAUCAUUUAACAUGCUCACUACGAUACACGACGAUUUUUUCUUGCCCAACAGCAAACUGCGUACAGUAAAUCUACAGUGUAAUGCCAUAAGUAGAAUUGCUAUCAAUGCCUUUAAUGGUCUACACGAACUAAAAUUGCUCUCUCUCUACAACAAUUCACUAGCGGAAAUUCCCAGCCGUCUUUUCCGGGAACUGAGCACUUUACAGACUCUGAAUCUAGCUCACAAUUACAUAAAAAAUCUGACAAGUAAUUCAUUUUUUGGGCUCCAUCAGCUGAAAUUGCUCAAUUUGAGUAGUAAUCCAAUACAGAGGAUACCGACAGAUCUGUUUCUCCCGUGUGGGCAACUGAACACCCUCAUUCUGGAAGAUACGAAAAUUCACGAAGUAAAGGGUUCCGACUUAAGAGGUCUGUCUAAUCUCAAUUCUCUCGUAUUAAAAAGAAAUUCAUAUCUCGAACAUAUCGAUAAUUUUGUCCUUAACCACACUCCGAGGAUACAGCAUGUUGAUCUCAGCAGUAACAAUCUGACUCAUUUGCCAAUUUCAUUGAGGAGCCUGAGUGAUGUGAGAGAGAUAAGACUGGCAAACAAUCCGUGGGCUUGUGACUGCCAAAUGCUCUGGUUUUUAGAAUGGAGCCAGAAUGUUGCUAUCCCAAAGACUGAACUACACUGUGCGAACAAUCCUCACAACGUAAAACAAAACAAUAUGAUCCUAAUUCUGAGGAGCUUGAACUGUAGGCCAACAACCUUUGUUAGUGCAACACCUCAGAAAAUGUACCCACUGCGGUCUCAUGCCAUGCUCCACUGUUCAUUUAGUGGCAGCCCUGCCCCUUCUAUAACGUGGAUGACACCGACAGCAGAAGUUUUUCACUGGAAUCCUGAUCCUGGUAUCCGUGGUGUUUUUGAUCAUCAUCCACCAGCACACUUUACAAACAUGCAGCCUAUAGAUCACAGCAAGUCACGCAUAAAAGUCCUCGAAAAUGGCACCCUGUACAUUAAAUAUAUAAAACGCUCUGACUGUGGUGAAUACAUUUGUUUUGCCUCAAACCCUAUAUCCAAUGCCACUGCUCGAGUAAUGCUUAACAUUGACCCAAUUACAAUUCAGCAAAUAAAAGUGAUAAGUCUUCUUGUAGGUAUAGCAAGUGCUGCUGCUUUUCUUCUCCUAACUCUGGUGAUAAAACUGUUCAUUUAUUUAAUACACAAGACUGGCUGGCACCAGUACUGCUGCUGCUGUCGAAGAGACAGAAUAUCACCCCGAGCAAAGCAGAUCUACCAAAUGCUAGACAAUAUUGAGCAGUAUAAGACACAGCAAUUGGAAAAACUAAGAGAAAAUUAUACAUUACAGGUGCAUAGAAUUAGGGAUAAUUGUGCUCAGCAAGUAGAAUGGAUCCAAACAAGCUACCAGGGUCAAGUUAAGCACUUGAAGGAUUUUAGAGAUUAUGGCACAAAUCAUUUAACAUCCAUCAGAGAUCAAUACUAUGAGCAGAUAAGGCGAGUUAGAGAUUAUUCAACUGGGCAGCUUAACUGGGUACGAGAAAAUUAUGUCUUCCAACGCAACAGGAUUCGCAAGUUCAGUGCUCAUCAGAUACUUCGUUUCAGGGAAUCUUACAAAUUCCAGCAACAAACACUUGCCAAACUUCUAGAAAAUCUACCGGGAUUCUAUUUUGAAAACUGCCGCUCUGGGUCCUGUGGUCGUACGGACUCUGCAGUUUUUGAACCUGAAGAGGAAAAUGUUGAAGUCUACCUAAAAACAAAAGCAUAUGCCAGCACUUCAAUAAGUGAUUCAAAUAACUCUGAUGAUACACAGAGUCAUAUAUCACUCUAUUACACACCAAGUGAAUUAUCAUCAGAAAGUCCUAACUUUUCUCCAGUGAGUACUGCUAGUCAAUUGGAGUCUAAAUUUAACAUCAGUAUGGAGAGAGAGUUGCCUGAAGAAGAAACUGUGGAACCACAAACCUCUCCAUACUUUUCUCCUGUCCUGUGCCAGUCUAAAGGAAAGAGAACAAGAAGUGUAGCAGCAACCAAAUUGUCAACGGAAGACUGUGCUGUGUUUCAGUGUGCUAAAGUGAACAGAAGUGGAAGUAGUAGUGAUGUGAAAGUGCAGGAGGCAGGUACUCCUGAAGAAGUGGCAGUGCUACUACCCCAGCUCCAUUUGAGUGCACAUGGGUCAUCAGAAGUGUUUGUCUCAAAAUGUGAUGAUGAUGUGGCGAGUGACCAGGGAAAGCAACCAACACCAAGUCAUGAAACUGCGCUGUAGAGCUAAGGAAAGCUGGGUGUGGUAUUUUACUUAUUUAAAUAACUGUGAUAUGUUCCAUUGAAGAAUGUGCUCAGUGGUGUGUGUGUGUGUGUGUGUGUGUGUGUGUGUGUGUGUGUGUGUGCGCGCGCGCGCGCAUCAGAGAGAGAGAGAGAGAGAGAGAGAGAGAGAGAUAUUCUCCUAUGCUGUGAUUUCUCAACUUCCAUGAACUGUAAUAAGCAUUCAUGGCUGCCAGUGGUAGGUAGAUGAAGCUUAAAAUCUCUACUGUAGUCUUUUGUUUCAACAAUUUCCAAAAUGUUUUGCAAAGAAUCUUUUGGAAAUUUUAGGUUUUAGCGACAACUAAAAUUUCUUUAGUCAUUCUCUCAUGCAAUAAAUAAUUAAAUCAAAUGUAGGGUCACAUUUUAAUGAACAGUAAUUGCUGCUUUCUCAAGUUUGUUACCUAGUGCAUUGUCAACAAAAUUGGCAUUUUUUAACUGAAACAUCACAAAUACAGUAAAAAUGAUGGUAUGUAAUGGAACUUGUUUUAGCAAUCUAAUUGUACACUUGGGGAUCUUGUCCUUUGUGGAAUCUCAAUAACUAAGUGUUUUCUUGUUUUACGAAAAGCUUUUCAAGAUGCACUGUCAUGGUUAAAAAUCCUGUAGGAGACACUGCCAUACAAUUAUAAAACAUACAAAAGACUGAGGGGUUGGGUAUUGUUUAGACAGGAACUGAACUAUCAGCAAUGAAACUUAUUCUCAGAGUAAGUUUCAGGAUGUUUCACUUUACGGUUCAUCUUGAAAAGCUGAUUUUUUUUCCCCCCUGUUGAAAUACAAAAACAUGGAAAAGAAAUUCAUUACCUACCACAAACUAGACAAAGGAAGUUCUUCAAUACAAUAAUUAGCUAAAAUGUUACUGAGAUUAAAAAGCACCAUUUUAGUAACAAUGUUGAGAAUGGAUACUUAUAUUUUUGUGGUAAUUCUGUAAUGUUGAAAAUAAACAGCUUUUGAAAACUA